GGCUAAAUAUGUAAUUUUAAUUUCUUAACCCUCAAGCCCAUUCAUGCAUUUAACUUCAGGCCCAUUAAGCCCAUAUUUUUUGGCACGGGUCAAUUCAUAGAUUCAUUCUUCAAAAAAAUCGAAGAAAAUCGUCUCCAAAUUCAACACUUUGUUCUCUCAACAAAUUCAAUUCGCAAGGAUGAUCAGCAUCCUUACUCAGGAGCGUCUUCUUGGCGCUGCUUUAGGUAGCGUAUUAACAGGCGUUGUGGUUUUAGAACAACGUAAAAGCAUAUAUAAAAGCAUAUCCGAGAAUCAAUCUCGAUUUUCUUCUCAUUCUCAGACAACAGUGCUCAUGCCAAAAAAGGAGUCUGGUAUAGAGUUUGCACACCUAUGGAACAAAGCUGUGGAUCAGGCAUUAGGGCCUGUCAUCAAGUCUCUUGGCACGCGUGGAUGGUAAAAAUGCUGUGUGAUUUCACAACAGAUCUAGAAGUGGUCUCCUUUAUUUUGUAAGAUUCCUACAAGAACAGAUGCAAGUGUAUUCUCAAUUCUUGAAGUUGCAGUUCUCGCAGAUACUAAACUCUCUUGUCGCUGAUGCUAUUGAUGUUUCUUUCUUAAUUUUUCUC